AUGCGCCUCGUUGGUUGGGCGUGGCCUCUGAGGUUGCUGCUUCAUUUCGGGCCUGUAAGAAAGUCCCACACCGAAGGUCUAUUUUCAUCAUCUCUGAGACGUGCGGGGCGCAACGGGCCGGUAGUGUUUGGCAUUGAGCAUGUAGUGCGAUCUAUAGCGAUCACGGGCGAUCAUACAGGCGUUGAGAGGGGACCGAUGACGAUGCAAAAGCUUCGUCGGGACGGAAAUCUCCAUGCUUUUGCUCGUCUCGCGUGCGCCUGCCACAUGUGCAAAGAUGCGCCACUGAACGCUAGCCUCGCUCCCGUCGUGCAUGCAUUCACACAUGGCCCAUAUCAGCCAAAAUGCGCUCGAAACACAAUGCCGCCAUUGGUGAAGACGGCCAGGCGUUGA